AUUUUUUUUUAGGGAUUCCAGGGGCUCUGCAGGGGCAGAGCGUGUCCUCGGGCAGCUCGGAGAUCAAGUCGGACGACGAGGCCGACGAGAACCUGCAGGAGCCCAAAGUGGCCGAGGAGAAGAAGCUGGAAGAGGAGAAGAAGGAGAUCAAAUCCAUAACUAGGUCAAGGUCUAGCAAUAACGACGACGAGGACCUGACCCCGGAGCAGAAAGCCGAACGCGAGAAGGAACGUCGCAUGGCCAACAACGCUCGAGAACGUCUGCGCGUGAGGGACAUCAACGAGGCCUUCAAGGAGUUGGGCAGGAUGGUCCAACUCCACCUCAAGAGUGACAAACCUCAGACCAAGCUUCUCAUUCUCCACCAGGCCGUGGCCGUCAUCCUCAGCUUGGAGCAGCAGGUCCGAGAGCGUAACCUGAACCCCAAGGCGGCGUGCCUGAAGAGACGCGAGGAGGAGAAGGUGACCCAGGAGCCGCCGCCCUUGGCCUUGGCCGGAGGUCACCCGGCCAUGGGGGACGGUGGAAACCACAUGGGGCAGAUGUGAGAAGGUUUGGGCAACUCCUCCAGUUCCUUCUGCAUUUCCUGAAGAGAGAAAAAAGAAAAAAAGGAAAAUAAAAAAAAAAAUUCCAAUUUUUUUGUAAAAAUUUCACGACAAGUCUGAGUCAGACGCCUGAAAAUUCCCAUUAAAAAACAACAAAACAAAAAAAUUCCCUUGAAAAUUUCUCCCUAAAAAUUCCCAAAAUUCCCAAAAAAAAAAAAAAAAAAAAAAAAAAAUUGUGGAAAAAUUUUGGGAAUUUUGCGCUUCCACACUGUGGAUUUUGUGCCUAAAAAUGUUGAAUUUUGGUUUUUUUUUUUGGUUUAUUUUUGGUUUUUUUUUGGUUUUUUUAUUUGGAGAAAUAAAGUGAAAAACUGGGUAAAAAAAA